GGGAAAAAAAUCUCCAAAAAAUCGCUAUUUUUUAUUUAAAUAUAGCUAAAAUAGCUCCUUGUCGCAAAAAAAUCAAUACAAGUCGCAGCAACAAUGAGAAAGUAGCUAAAUUUGGCGACAAAAUCCCCAAAUUGGCAACACUGCUACUGAUUCCUAUGGAAGAAAUAACUUCCUGCUCUCCAGCUGCAUUUCGCGCCACGGCCACAGCAAAGACUUAUUUACAACCUAUUUGCAGCUGCGCACAUUUCUGCGGUCCUCGAUGCGCGUGAACUGACAGAGACGCUUGAUUAUUAAAUCAUCAGCGAAGCCCCAUUGUUUCACACUGAGUGCAGGAAAAUGGCAGAAGCCAGAUUUUCUCAGGAUGAGUUCUUGUGUCCGGUGUGUCUGGAUCUCCUGAAGGAUCCAGUGACCAUCCAGUGUGGACACAGUUACUGUAAGAGCUGUAUUACAGACUGCUGGGAUCAGGAGGAUGAGAAGAGAGUCUACAGCUGCCCUCAGUGCAGACAGACCUUCAGUCCAAGACCUGCUUUAUUUAAGAACGUGGUGUUUGCUGAAAUGGUGGAGAAACUGAAGAAGACUAAACUUCAAAGUGUGGUUCCUGCUGGAGCUGGAGAUGUUCAGUGUGACGUCUGUACUGGAAGAAAAUACAAAGCUGUCAAGUCCUGUCUGGUGUGUCUGAACUCUUACUGUCAGAAUCACCUCGAACAACAUGAGAGUUUGUUUAAAGGAAAGAGACACAAUCUGACUGAAGCCACUGGACGACUGCAGGAGAUGAUCUGCCAGAAACAUGAGAAGCUCCUCGAGGUUUUCUGUCGCACUGAUCAGAAAUGUAUUUGCUUGCUGUGUUUGGUGGAUGAACAUAAAAACCACGACACUGUAUCAGCUGCAGCACAGAGGACAGAGAAUGAGAGAGACUUGAAGGAGACGCAGAAGACGCUCCAGCAGAGAAUCCAGCAGAGAGAGAAAGAUCUCCAGCAGCUGAGAGAGGCUGUGGAGUCUCAGAAGCGCUCUGCACAGACAGCAGUGGAGGACAGUGAGAGGAUCUUUACUGAGCUCAUCCGCUCCAUUGAGAGAAGCCGCUCUGAGCUGAUACGGCUGAUCAGAGAUCAGGAAAAGCAAGCAGUGAGUCGAGCUGAAGGACGACUGGAGCGACUGGAGCAGGAGAUCAAUGAUCUGAGGAGGAGAGACGCUGAGCUGGAGCAGCUUUCACACACACAGGAUCACAUCCAGUUCCUGCAGAGUUUCCAGUCUCUCUCAGCUCCUCCUGAAUCUACAGACGUAAAUGAUGAUCUCUUCAGUUCUCUCGUCUCUUUUGAUGCUCUGAGAGAAUCUGUUCAUCAGCUGAGAGACAAACUGGAGGAUUUCUGCAAAGAGGAGCUCAAGAAGAUCCCCGGCAAAGUCGCAUUCACCAACAUUGUUCCCAGGACCAGGAACGACUUCCUACAAUAUUCCCAUCAGUUCACUCUGGAUCUGAACACAGUGAAUAAACGCCUCCUUCUGUCUGAGAGAAACAGAGUGGUUACUGUUGCUGGCACAGAUCAGUUGUAUCCUGAUCAUCCAGACAGAUUUGAUGUGCGUCAGGUGUUGUGUAGAGAGAGUGUGUGUGGACGCUGUUACUGGGAGCUGCAGUGGAAUGGAAAUGGUGUGUAUAUAUCAGUGUCAUAUAAGAGCAUCAGCAAGAAGGGACUGGCUAAAGAGUGUGUGUUUGGAUCUAAUGAUCAGUCUUGGAGUUUGAUCUGCUCUCCCUCCAGAUACUCAUUCAGACACAAUAACAUACGGACUAAUCUCUUUGUUAAGCCCAUCUUCAGUAGAAUAGGAGUGUAUGUGGAUCACAGAGCAGGAACUCUGUCCUUCUACAGCGUCUCUGACACAAUGAGCCUCAUCCACACAGUCCAGACCACAUUCACUCAGCCGCUCUAUCCUGGGUUUGGGUUUAAUAGUGGAUCGUUUUUUUUUUGGUCUGGAUCAUCAGUGAAACUGUGUUGAUGAAUCAGAAUAGACUGACGAGAGAUUCUACCCAUAAUGCUUUAAGCUACAUGAUAAAUCAGUAACAGUGAGAUGUUAUAGAGUAUAUUCUUUUCUCUUCAUGACAUUAAUACUGCAGCUGAACUUCUGUCAGUGAAAUAACAUGAAUCCAAAUAAAUGUGUGUAAUAAAUCCUCAUAUAGACCGUAGGAUCAGUGUGUGUGUGUGUGUGUGUAUGUGUCCUGCUGAGUGACAAUGCGUUUGUGCUUUUCUCAAACUCUGUUUGUGUUGAUAGAAAUUAGUAACUCAUGUACUUUUUAAUGUAAAAAACCCUGCAAUGCAACUGACACACUGAAGGCCCAGAAAUGUAGUAAGGACAUUGAUAAACUAGUCAACAAGUGAUAAAUAGGUUGUGACAUCAGUGGUUCAACUGUAAUUUUAUGAAGCUAUGCAAAUACUUUUUGUGCUUAAAGAAAACAAAAGUAACAAAAUUGUUUAUUCAACAAUUUCUUCUUUCGUGUCAUUCUCCGCCGCACGUUCAUGGGAGUAUCACGAUGCAUGCGUGUGAUGCUGCUGACGCAGGAGCCGACAUUCUGAUGUAGAACAUCCCUCACUCAUAGUUCAUCAUCUGUAUUCUGGUUCAGAUAGAUAAGGCUGGGCAAAAACAAUUGCAAGUCAUCCUCGCUGUCAAAAUCUUCAGAUAUGUUUAUGAAGACUGUUGUACAGCAUGUGUUGUCUUCUGCUUGUAAACAAAGCGCAUGCGUCGUGGUAUUCUCGUGAACAGAAGCACAGGAGACAUUUUUAAAGUGGGGGGAACCAAACUGUAAGUAAAAGCCCAGAUAGUAAGAUCAGAUUUCCAGGUAUCGGACCACCAUUAUAUAUUAAACUUGCCUGAUCAUUAAUGGAAAAAUAUUGAUUAUUAUUACAAUACAAAGUAAAUGAAAUAAGAAGUACAUAUGAAUAAUCAAAAUUUAGGGAUGAGCAAAAUGCCUGCAGUAUCCAUGGAUAUGACCGACAAGACUGGAUUAAAAUUGCUCCUGUGGACACAACAAGACUUUAAAAUGACUCUGGUCAGGGGCUGGAGCCUGCACUGGACUCUGGUCAGGACACUGGGAACGGCACUCCUGGCCGUGACUACGGAACGGCCGGCGGGCUUGGGGGAGCCACAGCCGGCAGAUGUGAGUGAGCGGCAGUCCGCGAACUUGACUGAUGAGAAGCCGACUAACUUGACUGACGAGUGGUCGGCAGGCUUUACGGACACGGACAGGAUGACAGGACGGGGGCCUCCAGGGCAGAACAGACAGUACCUGGGCACCAUGACGGAUCAGGGAUCUCAGGAGGCCAUGGUGGUGCAGGGAGCUCAGGAGGCCAUGGCGGGUCGUCUUCGGGACCAUGGCCUCGGUCCCCUCGGCCCGGCCCCUACAGCCGGAACCCUUCUACCCCCCCGAAAAAAAUCCAUGGGGCAGCUACAGGGUAUCAGGAGCCCUCCGGGGCUAAGCAAACAGGAACAGGACAAUACACAGGAACAGGAAGCCCUCCGUGGGCUAGGCUCGGAAGUUGAGGUCCAUUCUGGGCAUGACGUGGAGUCAGGGGCCCUCACAGGGUUGCCUCAGGAACCGCUUCCACUUCCGCGAAAGGAGCCCCCGAUGAGUAUCCAUGGAUAUGACCGACAAGACUGGAUUAAAACUGCUCCUGUGGACACAACAAGACUUUAAAAUGACUCUGGUCA